CGAAAAAUUAUUUCAGUAUAUAAAAAAAUGUGGGACAUUCACCAUAUUUGCAAUACACAUUCACCUUUAUUUAAAAACAGUUUUGCUCCCAUCUCGAUCACAUGAAGUAAAUUUUCACCAUACCUUAUCCAAUCUCGAUGCAUAGUAUGUUCACAAUGGCAUGGUAGAUGGCGCAUCAUACUUAAGAGUGAUCAGCGAACCUUUGCAUUUCUCGUGUUGAUAUUUUUGACACUGCACGUCCUGACGUUGACGGUUGACGGUAAUUUUUAGGUUAGGGAGUAGAUGUUUUAAUUCUCCUCCUAACAUUGUUUUUUAACAAUUUAUGUAUUCAUAGGCAAAAUGAUACCAGUUUUUGUAAGAUCUGUGAUUAUAGCUGCAGUUUUUGUACAAGGAUAUGCGUCGCAGUUGAAGAAAUUACAGAAAAACCACAGAACUCAACAACUUUCCAACUCUGAAAUUCGAUAUGUAGCUGGAUUAUCUAAUGUUAAAUAUACCAAUGAAGUAUUGAAUAAUAUACUGAUACCUAGAGUGGUAGGAACACCUAACCAUGAAAAAGUCUUCCAAUAUAUCAAAAAAGAACUACAAAACCUAGGAUGGAACACUGAUAUUGAUGAGUUUGAAAAUAAUACUCCAAUAUUUGGAAGAUUGAAGUUCAGGAAUAUCAUAGCAACAUUGAAUCCAAAUGCUGACAGAUACCUUGUACUAGCUUGCCACUAUGAUAGCAAAUAUUUUGAAAAAGAAGUUUUUGUCGGUGCUACAGAUUCUGCUGUACCAUGUGCCAUGCUCUUAAACCUGGCUAAAGAAUUGAAAAAUGAACUAGGUCAGCUGAAAGACAAUCGGAACCUGAAUCUGAAGCUAGUUUUCUUUGAUGGAGAAGAAGCAUUCCAUCAAUGGGGACCAAAUGAUUCUAUUUAUGGUGCAAAACAUCUGGCUGAAGUGUAUGGAAGCACUGUGAGCUCAAUAAAAUCUGGAGAAUCAGUAUCCGAGUUAGAGAAAAUGGAUAUGUUGGUUUUAUUAGAUUUGAUAGGUCACAGGGGAACCAAGUUCCUAAGUCAUUUUUCUCAAACUGAAAAAUGGUUUAUCAGACUUGCUGAGAUCGAAGACAAUUUGAGUAGCCUAGGUCUGAUGAAGAAACCAAAAAACCAACGAUAUUUUGUAAGAAGGGCUUCCCAUUCAUACAUUGAAGAUGAUCACAUACCAUUUAUGCAACGAGAUGUUCCGAUACUCCACCUGAUAUCAACUCCAUUUCCGAAUGAAUGGCAUACACCAGAGGACGAUCGCAGCAUCAUUGACAUGAACACAGUGGAGGACAUCAACAAUAUACUAAGGGUUUUCUUAAUGGAAUACCUCCAUAUGUUAGUAAACAAACAGUGAAUAAUUCUCUUUUUUGUCUAUACUGAAUUUUCUGAUCUUAGUAACAGUAUAACAGAUAAGGCUUAGGGCACGUUUACAUCGAGCGCGCUUCGCUUGGAGCUGUGCGCCUCACUUCAUGUCAAGCGAACCUCUAUGCGUUCGGGUUCAUUCAUAUCGGAGGCGCUUCGCUUUUCAUACCUCGACUGUUAUUAAAACACACUUUAUAUUUAAAGACGCAUUUUCCAAGCAUUUCACCAUGGCUCCUUCACGAGUUAAGAAGAUAUUACUACUCGAAAGUAUUGCGUUGAAAGUGAAUAGAAAAAAACUAAAACGAUCGUGGG